GAGAGAGGGAGAGAGUUUGACAGCCUGUCAUGUUGGCGUCGGCUGCUGCGGCCGCAAUGGCGUCUGCUUUGUAGGCGGCGCGCGAACCCCCAGCGCUCGAACCUCUCCGUCUUCUGCGCCUUCUCCUGGCCACCGAGGCCGUCCUGCGCUCCUCCAGAAGACAGGGAAGGAUGCCCUUCGUCUCUACCGGAGACAGAAACAUGGCUCCUCUUCCUGAAGGUUCCCCGGUGUCCACCCCCCGCACUCGAUCUCCUGUGAAAGGAGUGCGUACGGGGGGCGUUACUUGCUCAGGCCCAGAUGCCCUCUCAAUGCUCAGUAUGCUGGCUGAAGUAGCCUCCGUUACACUUCACACUGACCCCUCUGUUACCGACACCGCAGUAGCAGCCAAAACCAAGGCCAGUAAUUCAGGAAACCGUAAGCCAAGUGAAUACGAGGUUCUCACUCUAGAGCAGGUUUCCAACAUGACAGACAACCUACUUGUUAAACUCUUCUCUGACUUUGAGUCCAAUGAAAUGUGGCGAAGAUUUACAUACACAUGUAGAAUGCUCCCCGCAGCAUGCUCCCAGUUCUUCCAGAGCUUUGGUAGUGAACACAAGGCACGUGCAGGGAUGAAAGCUCAUCUCUUAAGUCACCUAAAAAGUCUGCUAGAAGUGCAUACUAGUGAACAGAGUCGUCAGAAUUACAUUCUAGAGUCUGUCCCAGCACGCAAAAGAAGACUGUGCGAACAGGAAAGUUCGACCACCAAACGUAGAGGAGCUUCAGUAAGCAGUCGUACCACUAAGCUUUCUGCAACUCCCAAAACACCAACUAGAGGGGGAGAGAAUAGCAGAUCCCGAAAGGCUGUCCACAUGACCCCAGAAAAGGAGAAUGACAGCAAGCGAAAGAUAGCUGUUUUUAGCAAAGAGCACAAGAAAAUGGAGGUGGCUACAUCCUUCCUCCAGGCAGACAACAUUAAGAAGGAGAACAAGUCUUUGCAAGAGAUUCCGAGAAAUGAGACCAAGCCAAAGAGAAAGCUGGAGACCUCACGUGACAGUCGGACGCGGGCGAAGAAGAUCAAGGCAGUCGUUCCAGAGGGUCCUCUCCAAAAUGACGACAUGAAUAACAACAACAACAACAACGGUGAAGUGAAAAUGGAAGUUAAGUCUGAACUGGAAGAAGACAACCCACCAAUGCAGCAAGCUGUCUCACACGACCAUGGAUACCUGAAAGCUAAUCCGUCACUAAAGGCAGAACCCACAGCGUGCAGAGCAUUUACCCCAAGUGAGCAGUACAGUUUGGAAGACUCUCAGCAAGGACAUCACCAGCAGUUACCUCAGGUGUCUGGCAUUGUGGAAGAAAGUGCUGGGAUUAGUAUGUCUGGUAAAGAAAUUCCUUCUCGUGAAGAUCAUUCAACCCUGUUACAUGAACAUAUGAAUCAAGAAUUACAGGGAGGCAUAAUGGCUCAGGAUUCUGGGAGCUCAUCAACACCAUUGCCAGUAGUUGGUUGUGAGGUGGAAUUCACACCUGAUCAGCAGUACAAAGUAAUGCGCUCUGCAGAUUUGCCAGUCGUGUAUGAUCACAAUAAUCCGCCAUCGAAUAUCCAGACUGUGUCAAGGAUCAUUGAAAGGGAUGAAUAUAAAGUGCGCAAAAAGCCCAAAGGCCGAGCAAAAUUCAUCGGUCAGAGUAAGGUUGAAAAGGAAAUGGCCUUGAAGCUAAUAACGGAGAUCAGGUCAUUGCCAGUGAUGGCUCUGGACACACUCGAAUGUAAGAUAUGUCACCCACCACGUCUCUUCACUGCCCCGUCCACCCUCUUGUCACACUACCGUAGUCAUGCAGGUAUCAGACCUUAUGAAUGCAGAAUCUGUGAAGCAGUGUUUACAAGGCAGCAUUCCCUCAAUUACCACAUGCUGAUUCACACAAACCAGACAAGGUUCACUUGCGUGGAUUGUGGGCGAAAAUUCCGUCAUCCCUCACACUUCAAGGAACAUCGUAGGCGUCACACAGGAGAAUCGCCUUACGAGUGCUCUGACUGUUUGAUGAGAUUUAAAACCCGAAACACUUACAAACGGCAUCUGAGGACUCGGCAUGGCAAGUUGUUGACAACCCAAGGAGCAAUCAUCAUCCUCUCCCAAGAGGAAGCAGACCGCAUGAAGAAGACCCAGGGGCGUAAACCUCGUAGACCACGACAGCCACUCCAGAUUAUUAGUCCAGAGGCAGCUGCACAGAUGGAGGAGGAGCAGAUAUGGACGGAUUUUGAAGAGGGAGAACGGGAAGAAGAGGAAGAGGAGGAAGAUGACGAGGAGGAGGAGGAAGAGGAGGAGGAAGCAUCUCGGUUAGAAAACACACACAAAAGGAAGGAAAUUCCCAAAGGAAGUCCAUCAAAUAUAUCAACGUCAGGUUUAGUGUCCACUGUUGGAGUACAACAAAUUGCCAAUGGCAAAACGGGGCUGUUCAUCAGACCCAAAAAAAUUAGUGUAAGUAAAAGUAAGGGCAAAGCUAAUGUUGAAAAGGCGAAGAUUGCAGAUCAGUCUGCUGAGAUGAAGGUAGAGAUACAAACAAAUGAAGCCAGUUUUGUGGAAGAGGAGAGAGUAGAGGAAGAAGUUGUAACAGAAGAAGUAAACAUGGAUGAUUUACGCACCUACGUCUUCCAGCCACCUCCAGAACAUAAUACUUUGCCGAAAGUGAAUAUAAGGUCAACUUGGAAUACCAUAAACAUUGAUUUAAAAGAUCUGGAGAAAGCAACGGAGAAUGUUGUAACAGAAACCAUUCCUGAAAAUGAGAGUGAGGUGGCGGGCUUUGAAAAUAGCCAGGUCAUCGCCCAAGUGCCAGAGCAGGCUAUGAACCAGGCCUCAGAGGAGUGCACUGAUUUUACAAGUGAUAAUGUUUUACCAGAAGAAGUAAUAACCAUAUGUGCUGGAGAAGAAAAUACUGGGGAUGGUAUUCCAACAGCAGGCAGUCAGACCAGUGGUGGUGCACAGGGAGGUAAACCAGAUUGGUUCACCGUUAAGAAACCGUUGAAAUGCUAUGGUCGACCAAGCUACAGUAUUUUAGAACCAAAUUCAAAUGUAUUUUCAGCAGGUGGCCCCACUUCUAGCACAAACAAAGCAAAUCCCCAGACCAGUCCCAGUGGCAGGUGGGUAUACCUGGUGGAGUACAUUCAGGGUCAAGACGGAAGGCUAGCAAAGGUGUACAGGGGAAGUGCAUCUCUCGUUAAUAGAAAUAACCAAAAUUUAGGCGUGGAAGUUCCUGCCAGUUCUAGCGGUAAUGUGAUGAUACGAGCACCUGUAAAUAGAGAUAAUGCAAAAGUUACUGUUAUGUCUAGCACUGUUACUAGUACACCUCCAUCUGUUUGUAUAUCCAACUCUGUUGUGAAAACAUCAGGUAAAUUAGUUAUGCAAGCAGGAAAUGGAGAGUAUGGGAAGUCGUCCAGCACUGCAGGUUCCUCCACUGUUCCUUCCCAUAUUCUGUCCAAACCUAAUAACCAGAGUACUCAUGGACAAGAUGCCAAUGAUAGAGUGGUUAUUAAUAAGCAGGUUGUGAACAAUGUUGUAGUCAACAACCACAUUGUAAAGAAUGGUAGUAUAGUCAGUGUUAGUUGUGGAGAACAUAGCCAGACGCCACUAAGCUGUUGCCCACAGCCAGUUGUUUUAGCAGCAGAACCAGUAUCUUCAGAUUCAAGCUCAAGUGAAGACCAUCUCAGGUCACAGGGUCACCACAUUUUGCCAACUCAGAAUCUUGCAGGGAAAUCACAAGAUAUGCUUGCCACAGGGACUGCUAAUGGAAACCAAAAAGAUCAGGUCUUUGAAGGUCACUCAGUUGAUCAUCUUGUUACAGUUGAUAAUGAGGUUUUGCUGGAGAACGUUGAGAUCAUAGAAAGCAUGGAUCCAGGCACAGCUGUGAAUGUAACUGUUACUGGAAUAAUUGAAAGUAAUAGCAUUGAUGAAGAAGAGUUGCCAGUAGAAUAUAAUACAAAAUCACAAAUGCAGGUACCAAGGAGGACUGAACUGUCUCCAUCUUCAAGUGUCUCAAAUACUUCAAGAGUUAAAGUGGAAGAAGUCAGGCAUGGGGAUUCACCUUUGGUGGAAGCACGUGGUGAAAUGAUGGAUAAUUUCCUGAAUCCGCAUUCAGUAAAUAAGAGUGAGGGUGAGGUACCAUGCUCACCUGAUAGUAGAACAUCUGCACAGUCAAGUAAGAUUUUAGAUGCAUCUCAGACUUCAUCUGAACAGGUGUCAUCUGUUCAUGGGAUAAACAGUAUUGCAACAAUGUCUUCAUCUGCUCUCAUGCCUGCUGCUGUACAAAUCUGAAUGCCAUUUUCUUAUGAUCAAUAAGUUCCACAAUAACUAACACCAGCCUAUAAAUUCUGUUACCAUAGUCAUUGCAGUAGUACUUAAGUUACUAACUUUAGUUUUGUUUACCAAGACUAAGUAUAAUCAGUAGACAAAUAUUUAUCAUACUGCUUAUAAUAUAUGCUUUAACUAUACUUUAUAUUUUUAUAUGAGCCGACAAGGUUUAUAUGUGUCUGUAUAUUUCUAUGUUUACAUGCUGUGUAAGUAGAUAAAACAGGGCCCUGUGCCUUAUUAUAUAUAGUAACUUCUCUGUUCUGCAUCUGUCUGAAGGGGAUUACAACAGACUUGUUUAGGCCUGGUGUGGAAACUACGUUAACAUAGUACUGUGUCCUACAACAUGCAAAAAUAUCUGUGUAAUUCAUUGGUUAUGGGAUUAAGGUGAAAGUGGUGCAGUAUCUGAUCUGAUCAACGGAAAUUUUAGAGAAUUGUAACAAUACCUGUAUGACUACAUUUUGUGUUACUACACUUUAAAAGUGAAAUCACAAAACAAAUGCCAUGCAGCAAUCCUUUCAAGAAGUUCCUUACUUUGGCUAAGGAUUCAUAGUUUAUAUAUAGGAUUUGAUAGAAAAACAACCUGUAUGGCUCUUACACUGCAUGACAUCUGAUAUUAUAUAGUGAUAAUAGUGGCCUUAAGAAAAUAUAGUUUGUGAUGAGGCAGCAUGCUCUAGAAAUUCAAUAGAAGUAAUUUGCUACUGUAUGUUUUAAGUUCAGUAAGAGUUCACUAAAUCAGACUAAGAUUCUAGUGACUCUUUCACUUGCAGCUGUCACAUAGUCUCUCUACUAGAUUUUAAGCCCAUUUAGGGAGGUUAUUGCAUCUGCUUUUCAGGUUUAAGUGUUUACAUUUAUACUUUCCUAAAUUUGUUUCCCAAAGAGAAUUAGCAUAGUAAACUUGUUAGCAUCACAUCACUUUUUUUUUCUUUUGCUUCUUUACUAUCAUUUCUUUCUUGUUGGUCUUUCUUUUCCAAAUAAUGAAAUGCCCAAUGAUGUCUUGGACGUCUUUUUUUUUUUUUUCUUCUUCUUCUUUUUCAAAGUUACUGUUGUAAAACUGAAUGUUCAAGCAUUUUUUUAAUAUGCAUUAGGUACAUUUUUUGUGAUUUAUAUAUUUGAUAUAGUAAUUCCAACAAUAUAUGACACUUAUUUUUGAUACCACAAUACCCUGGGACCAAUAUCCUAUCAUGGGUAGUAAAGCCAGGGGCAUGAGAGCUUCCUGCCAGUUUUCGUAAGAUAAAGGAUCCUUCAGAGAAUCACAUAACAAGUGCUUGUUAGAUUUGAUAUGAAAAUAUUACAUCUUGUUAUUUGGUUGUUCAUUUUUUGUAAUGAUUUUGUACAUAAAAGCUGUGAAAUGAAAAUCAUGAAAUUGGUUUUGUUUUCUUUGUAGAGGGCAUUUUUGGCAAGGGCUGCAUGUCUUCAGAGAUCUAGGGAUGACUAACUGCUUUAACUAUUGCUUUUAAAUAUUAAAUAAGUGUAGUUCAGAUAAGCAUUGAUAUACAGUCUGCAUCUCUUUACGUAGAUCCACCCCACUUAUUUUUAAUAGCUAUGUGGUACCUGACCUGCUGUAGGUAAAAUUAUGCCAUUUGUUUUCAGGUAGUAGUUAUAGAAUUUUGACUUAUUUUUCCUUAUUUCUUUUUGUUUCAAUGUUCUAAGAUUAGUAUAUGUGCUAUACUUCCAUUCGGUUGUUUUUUUUGUUCUUUGUUGUAACCAAAACAUUAGGAAUCAAUGUGCACAUGUCCCCCAAAAGUUUUUAUUUUCUAUAUUUUUUUUAUCCUUUUUUAUUUCUUUUCUUUUUCCCCCUGUAGUUUACUAAUUUGUAUUAUUUUGAAACCUUACAUGGUCAGUUUCUGUGUUAAGUGAAGUGGAGGGACAAAAUUUCUAGUUAUGAGCAAGUGCCUGUCAUUGGCAGUUAUGAUCCUUACCUGUUCAAAGGUGCCUUCUUACAGUGACCCUCCAGUUCAUGUUUAAAAGAUUUUCAUGCACAAUUUCAUAUGAAGUGCCUUUACAACAAAUUAUGUUUAAGAAAAGUGGAGUGUGUUGGUUAAUUGAAGUGAUAAAGGUUUGGAAUGCCAGGUUGUAUGCAACCAAAGGUUAGAGUAUGGGGGUUCCUUUUGUAAGGGAAAGGGUUAAUCCAUUCGGUUUGUGAAAUUGUUUGAAUGCAUUGUCUAUUGCAUGUUAAAAAAAGAGAAAAUUAUAUCUUCUUGAUUUAGAAGAAAUAGAACCUGUGAGGAGGCAGUGUGCCGAUUGUAAAAUUAACACUAUUUUUGUCUUGGGUUUUAGUGUCUCAGAAAUAGUGGACGAAAAUCCAAGACCUCUCCAGAUAUACUUGCUGUUUAAAUUGUAUUUUGUUACUUUUCGGUUAUGAAUAUUUUAAUUACUGUGCAGAUAGAUCUUUGACACACUCCUUGGUUCUGAGUCAUGUAUCAGAGAGAGAAAAAAGGAUGGAAAUCAUAUGGUAGAAAAAUAUUGGCUUCACUUUAUAAUAUAAGUACAUGAAGUGCUCUUUGGAGACUGAUUGCAGGGGGAAAUAUUUAACAUUGUGAAAUUUAGGUACUUGAAUAUUCCUUGAUUUUUCUUUUUUUCUUUUUAUUAGAUAUAAAGAUUCAGAGGGAAUACCUUUCAGGAGUUGGUAUGACUUAAACAGUGAAUGGCUUAAGCUGUUUAUUAAAAGGUAUGUAAAAUCAAUGCCAUUUUUGGGUUGUUAGUCAAAUUUUUUAAGAUUAUUUUUCUUUUUUUCUUUUCUUUUUUAAGUUGUUGUUUCUAUAGUCCUAUUUCAUAUCCUUAAGAUAGUCUAUGCAUAAUAAAUGCGUACAGAUUUAUACAUAAAUACCAUUAGUGAUAUAUGUUUUGUAUAAUUUUUCAAGUAUGUAUAAACCUAAAAAGUCAAAACGAUACGAGCUGAACAUAUGAAUUGUGUAUAUAUCAGUAUGCACUGGUACGAAGGUUGUAAUUAAUGUGAACUGGAGCAUGAAAACCAUAACAUGAUAUAAGUUUUGUUGCAAAUAGUUAGACAUCCUAAAUGCCUGAAUGUUAGUCUUAACUACUCUCAAGUGCCUUUACAUGUUCAACAAAUAGCACCUGAAAUGAAAUAUUUUCAAGAUUUUAUAACUAAAGAAAUGGAAGUUUGUUUUUGUUUUUUGUUUUAAAGAAUGGGUUUUGCGCAGAUUGUAUCAGUGCUAUUUUCAGAGUAAGGGUCAGUAUGAAGUACUUGUCUUAUAGCAAUAAUAGAUUGUGUACUAUUAUUUAAACAUAUAUUCUUUUAUACUUUAAUAAACAGCAGUUAAA